UUAACGAUGCGAGUGUAGGAGCAGGAUUGUUCACGAUAGACCCAUGAGUCGCACGUAGGUGCGGAAGUAACAAGGACUAGCUUCUAAGCUACUAAGCUAGUACAAGCAGCGCCCUGACUUUUGUCCCUAAAGUCAUCAAAGGACGUGUUUCAACGCAAUGUGAUGGCACUCACACGUUGCCGGAGUCCAGUUGUUGUCCGCUCAAGUGCAGAUUGAUGACACGAAAUGGCUAAAAGCAUGGACUGAAGGCCGAAGGCGCAGUGUGAGCAGCAGCUGUAGCGUAGAUGAAGCAUGAAGAGUCCGGUCCGCAGAUGCAGGGAUGUGGAGCACGGCCGUGGUCAAGUUUGGGCCGGGUCCAGUUUCAUGCAAGCAGAGCAACGCAUCCCCGUCUCCAAAGACGCCAUCACGGCCUCGUCCGCCUCUGCCAUGUGGUUCAUCAGGGACGCCUGCGGCAUCGUUUGUGCCCUCAUAACGUGGCUGCUGGUCUUCUACGCAGAGUUUGUGGUGCUCUUUGUCAUGCUGCUUCCCUCCAACAACCUGACCUACAGCAUCAUCAACGGCUCUCUGUUCAACGCCCUGGCCUUCCUGGCCCUCGCCUCGCACGCCAGGGCCAUGUGCACCGACCCUGGAGCAGUACCCAAAGGCAAUGCAACAAUGGAAUACAUAGAAAGCCUUCAGUUGAAACCCGGACAAGUGGUCUACAAAUGUCCCAAGUGCUGCAGCAUCAAGCCCGACCGAGCACACCACUGCAGUGUUUGCAAACGCUGCAUACGCAAGAUGGACCACCACUGCCCCUGGGUCAACAACUGUGUUGGCGAGAGCAAUCAAAAGUACUUUGUGCUCUUCACUAUGUACAUUGCACUCAUCUCCCUCCAUGUUCUCGUCAUGGUGGUCUUUCAUUUUCUCUACUGCUUUGAAGAUGACUGGACAAAGUGCAGUUCCUUCUCUCCACCAGCAACUGUCAUCCUCCUCAUCCUCCUAUGUUUUGAGGGCCUCCUCUUCCUUAUCUUCACCUCUGUGAUGUUCGGCACCCAAGUCCACUCCAUCUGUACCGAUGAAACUGGAAUCGAACGCCUGAAGGGAGAGACGGGGAAGUGGGAGAAGGUUUCCUGCUGGGAGGCCAUGCGGGUGGCCUUUGGUGGGCCCUUCUCCCUGUCCUGGUGCAGCCCCUUCUCUCAGCUCAGCUGCAAGAGGGACCCCCCUGAGCUGCUCGCCCUUCCUCAGGGGGACAUCAUUGAGGAGGACGUCAUUGAGAUCCCACUCAGCUAGGAGGACGUCAUGGAGAUCCCACUCAGUUAUGAGGACGUCAUGGAGAUCCCACUCAGCUGAGGUGUGUGAAGGUGGGGUGUGGUGCUUCAGGAGGUCACAGGAUUGUCUGCGGUUCUAACACGACUUCUUCCGUCACAGUCGCGGCUGUAGACCAAACAAAAUACUUUUGCUCCUACUAGCAAACUACCACUUCCAUAUUCCUCAAACUCUUUUCCAAAGUCGUGAUCUUGAGAGUUCUUCCGCCUUCCAAGUUUUCCAAGCCUUUCAAACAUUCUAGCAUGAAAACAUUCAACACGUUCAUGCUAUCCAUUAUCCACGUUCACACUUUCUGCAAUUCAACAUUUUAUUGCCCAAAGAUUGUCAUUGAUCUGAAAUAUUUCCUAAAGAUGUCAUCAACUCAGGGGAGGUUCAAUGUCCC